CGAGAACAUUACAGCUUGGCAAACCACAGUGAGGUGAAGGCCACACUAGAAAACUCGCUUUGACAGAGACACAAAGGACGGACUGAGGCUUCUUCUGACCUUCUGGACCCGUUGAACCACGUGGAACAGCAGGAGUGACGCUCAGUCGUCUGGGUGUGGUGGCAGAACCAGAGAGGGACGCCACAGACCCGACUGACAUGGAUACAGCUUUUGCUCCAGAUGGCGCACCCAGUUGUUCCAGUUUGACCACUAAGGAGCUGCAGCAGAACUUGAGGGCAGUGAAGCAGAGAGAGCGACCCGUCAGGCUGCUGUUUGAAAUCCCAUCGACUCGUAUCGUUGACCGGGUUCUGUCUAAACACGUGGUCUACGAGGUUGUGGUGAUGCGUUCCGGAAGCUUCGACUCCCACCGUGUCUCUGUCGAGCGCCGUUACAGCGACUUUUCCCGCCUCCACCACAAACUGCUGGAGGAGUUCAGCGAGGAGCUAGAGGAGGUGGUCCUCCCUCGCAAACUGCUGACCGGGAAUUUCUCCCCCGAAAUCAUCGCAGAGCGCCGCCUGGCCCUCCAGGAUUAUUUAGCCGAGCUGUACGCCGUCCGCUGUGUGCGACAUUCUCCCCUUUUCCCCAGAUUUUUCACGGAGCAGGAGCGGAAGCGAGCGCAGAGUUUACUGCGGGCGGGACAGUUUGAGCCGGCUGUGCAGCAGCUGCAGAUUAUUUUAGGGAUUGAGGAGAAACUGUUACCGUGGCAGAACCCCACCCUGAUCGUACCCACCCUCUCCGCCCUCGCCGUCUGCUACCGGGACCUGGAGCAACCAGAGCAGGCCUUCGCCACUGCUGAGAGGGCUCUGCCUCCGGCCAGACGGUACGGACUCAAGCACUACAGGGCCUCUCUCUUAGACCUGCUGGUGGAUUUGGGCUACCAGCUGCAGCGUCCUGUUGCUCAGCUACAGGAGGAGCUGACUGCACUGAGGGACGCUGAGAGAGGAGAGGUGUCCACCCGCUCUCUGAAGGAGCUGGUGGUCCAAGAGUUUGUCUGAGCACCACACAGGUGCUUCACGGCUGGAUGACCAAACUGCCAGCGAAUUCUCAGACCCUAGUUGUAUCGUUUUAGUUUAUAUUGUCGUCACCUAGAACAUCUUCCUAAGCAUUGCUGCGGCACAGGAGGUCUGGACGCCUCCAAGUUCCCAUUGACGCCUUGGAUAUUCAGUGGGCGGUGGGUGAGGGGGGUCAGUGGGGGCCCACAGGAAAUUUUUGUCCAGCCAUGAGGUGCUCAGUAUAGGAACUAACAAAACAGCAAACUGUGGAGCUGAGCUGCGGGAACUGAGCCAUCGGUGUCACUGCUGAAAUAAAAAAAGAAGCUUUAUUCGGGACAGUCGUUCCGUCCGACGUGAUGCAACCCAAAGCUUCAUGAAGUUCAUCGAGAUCAGUUUCCGUCAGAAAAGCUGAAAUCCAGUUCUCUGCGUCUCACCGAGCUCGGAGGUUACGCUGCUGCUGCGCCGCACGACAUCGCUGUCCUUCCUGUUUACACGCUGCAGGUGUCAGAACAUUAGGAAGGUCUCUGAACGAAAAGCAGCCAGUAAAACACCAUCGCCGACCAUGAGCUCAGUGAUAAAACAUAGAACUGGAUUUUCACUCGGGGUGUCCCAAUCAGAUUGUUUCGCUCCGGUCCUGAUCCGAGUCCUUUAAUAUUUAAUACUGAUCAUCUGCUGAUUCUGAGUCUGAUCUGAGGCUCACUGUGUAUCCACCUAAAUGUAGAUUAAAUGUGUGUCUGACACAGUGACUCUGGUUUGAAGGAGCUACUUGAUCCAAAUACUAGUUUUUCAGUUUAAAUGAUUGAUCUGAUAUGAAUGCCCACAGAUCAUUCAUGUCUUUUUCUGUAUGUGCAGCUUGUUAACUGCGCUGUCAUCUCCGCAGAGGAACCUGUGUGUCAAGCUGUUGCCGCAUUUUCAACACAGAUGGGUCAACACACAAACCGUGUUUCAACAACGUGAUGGUACAACUGCUCCAAACUCUCAGAUUACCCAAGAACAUAUUUCACUGUGUUUGUUCUUUUUGUUCGGGACAUGUCAGAGACACUGACGACGCUGAGGCCCAGUUAAUUAAUUUCAGGUUGUUAAACUCAACUAAUUUGACACCGUCUCACGGUAUCGUACAUGUUUCGACCCUAAACCGGAACCUGGACGGUGCUGCAAAUGAGCAACAGACUCUGCUGACUGUUACUACUGUUUCGUGCAUUUCCAGUGUUGGUUUUCAAUACAUGUAUCCCUGAAAAGCAGCUUUGAUACUGAGUCCAUUAUCCUGGUGAAAUAAAUCAAACUGAAAGCGCUUGCACGGCAGGAUCAAACGACCUUUACUCCGGUAUUUGGAAAACCUCCGAACCUGAGCGACACUUGGCCCGAUGACAUGCCGGGUGCCCUGGGGGGCAGUUGGGUUUGCUCUGAAG